UCGGUGGAGAACGGGGAGGAAGGGUGGCCCUGGUGCUUGUUCUGUGGGUGAGUGCUGCUGCAUAUACGCAGGGAGGCAAAGCAGGCCAGCCAGCCAGCCAGGCAGCCUCACAACAAGAUCCUGGAAAUCAGCGCAAACUGUCCAGUAGUAUACAAGCGCUGCAGCUCCCUCUGCUUGUCUUGCGAAUCGCUCUGCUACCCCAGUUUGCCUCCAUUGUGCUGCUGCUGCUCCACAUUGGGUCUGUGGCAGUGCGAUCGCCAACCACUACCGGGUGUUGUGCCUCGUUAGGGUACGCACAUUUUUCCAUCUGGGUCUUGAUCGCAGGAGAAGCGGUGUCGGAUCAGUCACCUUGAGUUCUUUGCUUGUAGCUGGAUCGUCCCCGGGAUUGUGCAUUUUGGGGCGCAGAGCUCUUGUUUUAGGUUCUCGUUGCAGAUCUUUGGUGUUUGUGUGUACUUGCGCGCAGGAGCUUGUGACUUCGGAGGGUGCGUGUGAAGCAUAGAACGAAGCCUCUUGGUUUGUGAAGUUUCGAAGAUCUCUGAGGAAGGGCAUACAUAAUGGGCUUGAAGAUGGACGACUUUAGUGAGAUCCAGAAACGUAGCACAAGGAUGCGGCUUUGGGAGCUUCCGGAUGUAUAUGUUUUGGAGCCCACCGAUUCUAUGGCUACUCAGUUCCUUUCCAUCAAUCGAUCUACCGGUGACUUGAGCUAUACCAGCCAGCUUCCGGACUCCGAUGUUCCACAUGCACAGAUUGUGUUCGGAUUGGCUGGAAUCCUCCGUCUUGUGGCAGGAACUUACGCAGUAGUGAUUACUGGUCGUCAGUCUAUGGGCACGUACAGGGGUCACUCUGUCUACCGUGUGUCUUCUUUGAGGGUUCUUCCCUGCAACAACAACCUCCACAGAGCAACCCCUGAGGAGAAGAAAGAGGAAGCGUACUUUGUCGGUUUGUUGAAGGCCCUAGAGUCAACCCCUGGACUUUAUUUCUCAUACGAUGUCGAUCUGACAUUAAAUGCAGAUAAGUUUCAAGCCGCUGCGAUGUCAGAAUGCCCAUCUAUUUGGAAACAUGCAGAUGAUAGGUUCCUUUGGAACAGGAAGCUAAUGAAGGAGUUGAUAGACAAACAGAUGGAGCCUUACAUUCUUCCUGUGAUCCAAGGCAGUUUUCAAACCAUUGACUCCGUUGUUAAAGGCAAAGCAGUGACAGUGACCUUGAUUGCAAGGCGUUCUAUGAGACGUGCUGGGACACGGAUGUGGCGAAGGGGAGCUGAUCUGGAUGGCAAUGUUGCCAAUUUCGUAGAGACGGAGCAAAUACUUGAAUCGCAGGGUUAUUUUGCAUCUUACACACAGUUGAGAGGUUCUAUUCCAGUUCUGUGGGAGCAGAUUGUAGAUCUUACGUAUAAGCCCAAAAUUAAAACUAUCAACUACGAGAAUACGCAAAAAGCGGUCGAGAAGCACUUCGAUGAUUUACACAAGCGCUAUGGUGAUGUUGUGGCCAUUGAUUUGAUAAACCAGCAAGGUAGUGAGGGUGUUCUGAGUAUUGCCUUUGGGGAAAGCAUGCUCAAAAUCUCAAAUAAUCACAUCCGAUACCUUCCAUUUGAUUUUCAUAAAAUUUGUGGCCAUAUCCACUUCGAGCGCCUGUCUAUUUUAUACAAUCAAAUUCUAGAGGAUUUGACGAAACACGGGUACCACUUACGAGAUCAGGAUGGUAAUAUUUUUAAGGAACAGAAGGGGGUGGUCAGAACUAAUUGUAUUGAUUGUUUGGACCGUACCAAUGUUACACAGAGUUUGCUUGGACGGAAGGCCCUUGAGGCUCAAUUGCAACGGAUUGGCAUUUUCGAAUCAACCAAUACCGUCGCACAAUUUGAGGCUUUGGAGGCGAAGUUUAAAUUCUUGUGGGCCGAUCAUGGAGAUGAUGUAAGCAUUCAAUACUCUGGAACUGGGGCUUUGAAGGGCGACUUUGUGAGAUUCGGCCGCAGGACAAUCCGAGGUCUUCUUCAAGAUGGUUUUAACGCUGCUGCUCGCUACUAUCUAAACAAUUUUCGAGAUGGGAACAAGCAGGAUAGCAUCGACCUUGUAGCUGGUUCUUAUGAAGUCGGCGGAGGAGAUUCCUCACGUCUCCAGAUUACCUUGAUAGAGACUGUUGCGUUGCCGGGUGCUUUAGUUGCAUUGAUUGCGGGUGCUUACUUCACCAGUAUUGCUGGCCGACAACUGGGCUCCGAUGUAUACCAGUACCUGUACACACUCUUGCUGGCAGGUGUGACUGGUGGUAUUGCUGCAGGGAUUCGAUCGCAAGGUCGUUAUCUCGCCAAUCGACCUCGUCUAUGUAAAACCGUUUAAAAAAUACAAUUCGUAUUGCAAACUAUUUAUUAAAGGAAAUCGGCAAUAGAUUAAUCUUAGUACUACGAGUACUGGAUAAACCUUCAGCUUUCAGCAGCCUGGGAAAAUCUGAGAGUAUCGGAACAUUUAUAGCUCGUGUGAUCUUGAGAGCCUUAUGGUUCCAUUGUAAUCGGAACACAUGACAAGACUGGUUCAUAGAGCACAUGUCCUUUUAGACAAUAUUCAUAAUAGACAUGCUACCGUGUUCAUUUUUCAAUCUUAUAAGUCGAAAAAUCCGGUUUUUUCUUCUGGCUUUUGCAGUAAAAUUCACAUUAUCGCGCUGUCUUCACCUA